AUGCCACCAAGAUCCCGUGCCUCAACACCAAACCGCCUUCAUACCCGUUCCUCCAUGAUCCAUGCCUCACCAGGUCUUCAUCAUCCCAUCUCAACAUCAACAACACCAUUAGAUUCAUCCCUAAAUUCAUUUAUUGAAUUAAAUGAUUCCCUUAAUGAUUUCGAUAAAAAUUUCCAUAAGAUUCAUGAUAUUCAUCAAGAUUUAACAAGUUUUAAUGAAAGUUUUAGUAGUUUUUUAUAUGGAUUACAAGUUAAUGCAUAUAUUGUGGAAUUUAAUGAAAUUCCUGAAGAUUUAAAGAAAUUUGAUAACUUGGAUAUUGAUUCUAAAAUUGAGAAAUUAGAACAAGAAUUAAAUCAAAAACCAAUCACUAAGGUUAUAGAAACAAAAGAUGAAACUGGGGAUAUUGAUGAAAGUUUGGGGACUGAUGCUGAUGGUUCUUUUAUUAUACAACCAAAAUCAAGAUUAUCAGAACAAGGAAGAAGGAUAAGGGAGACUUCAAGAACACAACAAGCACAACCAGCAAGAAGUCGAACAACAAGCACGAGUACCACAAGUACAAACCCAAGAACAACAACAAGACCAAGAACAAUACCUACAACAACAAAAAAUUCUCGUAUACCAGUGGGGAAACGUAAAGAUAUAAAUCAAAGACCACCAUUUAGAUAA